AGAUGAUAGGUGGAGUGCUUGACGAAAACUUGGAAGUGGCAGCAAUACCCGAUGUGCUUCGCCACCACGUUGGUGGACUGCGUCUGUGACGUCAGAAGGAGUGGGCGGAGCCAGGAAAGUGAACGAGCGCUGCCUGCCAAAAGGAGGGAGACGGAGGAGAGGAGCUGGAGGCAGGCAGGAAGGCAGGCAGUUCAUCGGAGGGAGCGAUGGUUCUUGUCGUCGACUUGAGCCUUGGAUGAAAUUCAUGCGUGGAAAAUCUAAAUAUAUAUUUCAAAAAAAGCUGCAUCAAGUAUAAAGAAGUUGGACUUGCUUUAUUUUUUUUUUAAUAAUUUUAUCACCGGUGCCUAAUUUGCACGUCGGCAACUCUUCAGCCUUUUACUGGAGCGUUGCAUGCACGGCGGAAGAAGACCGACCUCCCUCGUUGACCGUCCCCGCCACCCGCACUCUUCUGACGGACUCAUCGGCAGCUUUACCCGGCGUUAGCUGGGAUGUGUGAGUGGCGCUCUUUGGUGGGCUGAAGGCACCGAGAGAGCGGCCCCAAGACACCGAAGGGAGGGGUGGGGGAGCCGAGAGCAUGGCUCUGGUACCGCUGUCUCUCUGGGUGCUAACUACUCUCACCUGGGCCAACCUGCUCCAGGUGUCCGCCAACAGGCACUCCAUAUACUGGAACAGCUCCAACAUCCAUCUGCGUCGUGAGGGCUACACAAUGCAGGUGAACGUCAACGACUACCUGGACAUCUACUGCCCGCACUACAACGACAGCCAGCGCAUGGUGGGCACCAGUGAGCAGUACGUCCUUUACAUGGUCAGUUACCGCGGCUACAGGAGCUGCGACCCCCAGAUGGGCUUCAAGAGAUGGGAGUGCAACCGACCCCACGCCCCCCACGCGCCUAUCAAGUUCUCGGAGAAGUUCCAGCGCUACAGCGCCUUCUCGCUGGGCUACGAGUUCCACGUUGGACAGGAGUACUACUACAUAUCCACGCCCACCCAUCACCACGGCCGCAGCUGCCUGAGACUACGCGUGUACGUCUGCUGCUCCACAGCCUCUGAUGUGGAUGAUGGGGCAGAACCGACAGAAGCAGACUAUACGCUGACACCAGGCCUAAACAUUGACGACAACGAUGAAUUUAACCCUUCUGUCCCCAAGCUGGAGAAGAGCGUGAGCGGAAGCAGCCCAAGCGGGGAUCGCCUGCUGCUCACCGUCACCAUGCUGCUGCUGGCCGCGCUCUUCGUCUCCUAGCAACGGCCAUCCCAUCAGCAUCACCAUGCCGACUAGCCUUUUGGAGGGUGUAUGGUAUCAGCGGACGGGACAGUGAGGAUGAUGCGCGUGUGUGUGUGUGAGUGUGAGUGUGUGUGCGUGCGUGCGUGUGUGUGUGUGAGCUGGCUGAAUCAUGCAAGCCACGUGAAGCAUUUAUAAAAGUGGCAACAUUAGACUGAAGUUAUAGAAAAAGAAAAAAAAAUACAUUCAAUCCACCCACACACUUUGAGGACUUUCUUCGGAAUCUGAUUGGCUGUUUCACUUCCUGUGGGCUCGUUGCCAUAGUAGACGGAUUGAACUCAAGUCAGCUGAAUCGAAUGGAUUUCUGCGGAAGUGAUUUUUCUUUCUUCCUUCGGGACUUUGUUUGCGAGAAGAUGAGAACGCUGAUAAACACAACACGACGCCCACCCAGCCUGCUUUCAACUUCAAGCGUCCGUCCGCAGCACGUCCUUGAUGAAGUUUGAAGCCUUUCAAGCAUUUAAAUGACCAAAACGGCCGUCGGCGAGCGAGGUUAGCGACGCGCACGCCGGCUUCCCUUUGCAUGUGCACACUCAGCAAUACCGCCCUCCUCUUGGAGCUCACUCCAGCGGGAGGACGAGGAGGUGAUGAAGGAGGCCCGUGGUGGCGUCGCUGUGCUCUGCCAAUCUCAUUGUCCAUUUCCGUCUUAUGUACGCUAGUGUGAGCGUGUGUAGGUGUGUGUAGGUGUGUGUCGGUGUGUGUGGGUGUGUGUGAAGUUGAAAAAAACAGCCUGGAAACACAUUCACAUGUUUUAUAGCAGGGGUGGGCAACCUGCACCCAAUUCUUCAAAUAAUGACCACAUUUAACCGCAUAUAAGACACGUCGUCCUAUAUUCGGCUUACAUACCGUAUAUGCAGUGUCAGAUAUCUCUGCAGCGCCCCCUAUGUGCUGUGUUGUGCAGAAAAAAAUCUUUGGAAGACACGCUAGCAUACAUUUAAUAAAGAGACCCUCAAAGUUGUAACAUCAUUACACAAAUGCGCAAUGACUUACUAAGUCCCGCCCAUUUUGCUCAACGGCGGCCAUGUUUUUCAGCCAAUCCUGCUCAGAUUCGACGCACAUGAGCUUGUCUGUCCCUUCACGAUGUGUACCAAAUUUGGUGCUGAUUCGACUCGACAGCCUAAAGUUACAGCGUUUUUGUAGAGCGCAUUAAGAUCCAACUUUGGGGUUUUAUUAACAAUUUGUCAGAAAAGCAUAUAAGACAUUCAGGGUGCCUGGCGUGAUGAAUGUUCACCCUUUUGUGUUCAGCAGUUCGGAGUCAGCUCACAGCAGCGGUGUCCAAAUUGUGUCCUGGGGGCCAUUUUUGGCCGCCAAACUUGUUUUUUUAUUGCCUCGGCAUAUUGUAAACAUAAAAUGUAGUUUUAGAUAUUACACUCAUUUGCUACAAAAGCUAAGAUGCGGAUGUUGUGUUCAGAUAGUUUAGCACGGAUGUGUCCAAAAUGCAGCCCGAGGGCCAUUUGUGGUCCACGGCUGUUCUUUUAUCGGCCCUCAGCACAUUCUAAAAAUAUAAUCUAACAAGAAAAUAGAUGAAAAAAACACAAUAGCAGCAAUUGAAAAAAAAACCCAGCAGAAACGUUAUGAGAAUAAAGCCAACAUAUUAAGAGAAGAUGUAUUGGAACGGGAAAAAAAGUCGUAAUUUUAUGAAAAUAAUCAUGUAAUACCAUCAGGAAAAAUAAUGUAGUUUUGGUAGCUUCAAGUUGAAAUCAUAAAGAAAAAAAGAUGUAAAAAUGAGACGCAACAUUAUGAGAAAAAUAGAAAACAAAUAAAGGUGUAAUUUUUUGGAAAAUUAGGUUGGGCAAAAGUUAUAAUAUUACAAGAAUGAAUUCAAAAUAUUACGGGAAUAAAGUCAUAAUUCCAGUAUGAAAAUGUACAAGACCAGAGUUGAAAUAGUUGGAAACUAAAACAAAAAAAACAACAGCAGAAAUGGAAAAAAUGGCUGAAAUUUUAGGAGAAUAAAGUCAAAAUAUUAAGAGAAUAAAGGUCGCAACUUUACAAAAAUAAUCAUAUAAUAUCAUCAGGAAAAAUAAUGUAAUUUUAGUAGCUUAAAGUUGAAAUGUUAAAGAAAAAACAACAGCAGAAAUUUAAAAAAGCGGGUGAAAUUUUAGGUGAAUAAAGUCGUAAUAUUACGGGAAUGUCAUUUUAGUCGUAUCACAAAGCUGAAAUGCAGUUUUUCCUUGAAGUAUAUAUCACUUUUUAGCAUAUUGCUUUACAAAAUAUCAAAGUGGCAAAAUUGCAUCCAGUGUGUGGCCCUGGCUGGAAAAGGUUUGGACACCCCUGGUUUAGCAUAUACUGACCUACAUGAAAUUGAUUUCAGCAUCUUGAAUGUACAAAAAGACCCAAAGUGCCCCCGAAGCAAACAAAAACAUACAGUCAUGUCAAAAAUGAGGACACCCAUUGAAAUAAUUGAGUUUGUAAUGGUCGUCUUAUAUUCGGGUCAAAGGAACAUGAAAGUCUCAUAUACUGGAAUUCCAAACAUUAGUAAAUCCUUGAAGGACUUUGCAUAGAAAAGUAUGGCAGCAAAAAGGUAGCCCACCCCUGAAAAAAAAAUAGCAUCCGGCAUCCACACGCCACUAACUAACGUACCGAGGAGAGGUUGUGUUGAGCCAAAGGACACACCGCAACUCCUGUAGCUGCUUGAAGCGGAGCGUUCCCAUGGCAACUAGCACCUUCUUUCACCAUGGAUACCCCAACAACCCCUGCCAGCCCGCCAUGGACUCAAGUUGGGAUGCUCUGAUUGGACGCCGACUCUUCGCUACAACCUUACAAGCGACAUGUGAGGCGUUCAAGCGCCGGUGUAAAUCAGAGAGACUGUCAGACUGGAUGGUGAAUGAACAUUUCAGUGUUUUCAGAUGUAAUGAAAGUGGGGUUUUUUUUGUUUGUUUGUUUUAUACAAACUUGAAACUCAGUGUCCUUCAGUGUAGCUUUGUUUUUUAUUCCUUUGCUGUGACGUGUCUUUGUUAGUGGUGAUGAAAAACAUGGAGCCAUAUGUCAACUUGGGCUGACUGCUUAGCAAACCUUGGAUUUUACUUUCUUUUUGUAGAGGUUUUCUUUUGCAUCCUACUGGAAACAUACUGUACAGUGACUUGGUUCUGUAUCCUGGGGUACAGUGGGACCUCUAAGGCAAAACACAAUCUAUUCCGAGACCAUACCUGCCAACAUUUGCAUUUGAAAAUAAGGGAAAUUCUGGUCUUCCACCAGAAUAUCGGUCGGAAUUCUGGUGGAAAAUGAAAUUAUUAGGGGGAAAGUAAUGAGUGGAAAAUGGAAAGACCACAAUUUAGCUUAUUUUCCACAUUAAAAUUCUGGUGGAAAAUGAAAUUAUUAAGGGAAAGCAAUGAGUGGAAAAUUAGAAGACCACAAUUUCCCUUAUUUUCCCUCAUUUUCUGAAAACUUUCCCUUGCCCCAUAUUUUGUCUAAUUUUCUGAAAAAAAAUCCCAUAUUCCCAAUUAAGAGAAAAUGAGGGGAAAAUAAGGGAAAUUGUCGAAAUUUUUUCUGAAAAUGUUCCCUUGUUUUUCCUGAAAAUAAGGGAAAUUGUGGUCUUCCACCAGAAUUAUAGUUGAAAUGCUGUUGAAAAGACCACAAUUUCCCUGGAAGUACCCGGAAACCGGAGUACCCGGAGAAAACCCACGCACGCACGGGGAGAACGUGCCAACUCCACACAGAAAUGCGAACCCAGAUCUUCCCGAUCCCCUGACGGUGUGGCCAACAUGCUAAGCAGUCGUUUUCUGAACAUUUUCCCUAUUAUGGUGGAAGGACCACAGUUUCCCAUAUUUUCCCUUAGUCGUGAAUAAGGGACAUUUUUCAGAAUUUUCUCCAUUAUUCUGGAGGAAGACCAGAAUUUCCCAGGAUGAUAGUCUGAAUUUUGGUGGAAAUACCAAAUUUUCCUUAAGUUUCCCUCAUUAUUUUCCCGUAAUAAAUGUUGCCACAAUUUUGACCAUAAUUCUGGAGGAAGACCUGAAGGGAUUUUUUUCAGAAAAUACGGGAAAAUUUUAAGAAAAUUCAGAAAGAACGAGGGAAAAUCUGGGAAAUUGCGGUUGAACAGAAAAUAAGGGAAAUUCUGGUCUAUUAUAGUUGAAAUUAGGGUGGAAAGACCAAAAUUUCCAAUAUUUUCCCUCAUUUUCCCUUAAUGCGGAAUUAAGGGACAUUUCUUGGAAAAUGAGGGAAAUAUGGGAAAUUUUGAGGUUUCAUGGGGAAAAAAAAUCUGUGAUUAUUUUCUGUGAAUUUUUCAGAAAAAUUUCCCUUACCCCAUUCAAGGAAAUUGUGGUCAUUCCACCAGAAUUUGGACCAUUAUCCUGGUGGAAGGUCAGAAUUUCCCUAAUUUUUCCUGAUUUACCCUUAUUUUCUGGACGAUGUCCCCUCCAAAUGUUGACAGACAGAUAUGGAGAUAUUUUUUUCCCAUGAAAGUAAAAAUGUAUUAAAGCAGGAGGGUGCUGCGAAAGAAGGCAAAAUGUUGACAGGUACGUUCAGGACGCCCGUCACCGUCCAAUUUGUUUGCAUGUAGAAGCAAUAAGAAAUGAAUGUAAACUUGAACUUGAUCAGUUCCGGUGUCAAACUAUUAGCCUCAUAAAGCUGUUAUUAACUGUACAGACAAGCUUUUAAGUAACAUUUUACCAGUCUUAAUUGAAAAAGUAUAAAAAAAAAGUGAGCUGCUGUAUAUUAAAACUUUUAAACUUGAUGACAUGCAACAAUACAUUGCAUUCAUUUUUGGGUCCUCUUUUUCAACACCCUCUGUUUAAAAAAGCCAGUGAAACACGUGAUACCAAGUUGCAUUUCUAGGGUUGUCGUCAUGUUUCAUCCUUCUUGCCGUCCCUGGUUGCCUUCUGUGGUGGCACAGAAGGCAACCAAAGGCACCUCAAAGCCAAAUAAAAAGCAAAACAUUUGAAGUUGAUCCUUUCGGGCUGAAGUCUAUCGUGACGUCACUUUUUAGCCAUGUCGUACUGAGCAACCAGGACAGAGACUCACAUGUUCCAUCCGGUUCUAUGGUUAUCGUCACAUGGCACAUGUAAAGUUAAGCCAUGAGGUGUUUGUGAUGUAUUGUUUGUUAUAUUUGGAGUUGUACUUUUCAUAUUUUGUACUGCAACCUUAGAGGUUCCACUGUAUUUCCCCUUUUUUGGUAUUCUAAAUAGGAAUUAUUCAUUCUGUAUUGAAGAAGAAGCUUUUUUUUUUACAUGAUAGUCUGCUUUUAGCUGUAAAAAAAAAAAAAAAGAAUGUGGCCUUUGCAAUCACCUUUGUAUAAAAGUACUACAUACAGUAUAUACAGAAGCACAACUCGAUGGAGUAGUAACGUGUAUGGAUUGUAUAGUCUCACAGCACAAUGCAGUUGUCAUCCAGCCCAGGUGUAUGUAUGGCUACAGGUGGGGAAAGGGGGCAAAUCUUUAAGAAGUUGCACUUAAGAAAUUAGACACAAAAGACCGUGUGUGUGUGUGUGUGUGUGCGUGUGUGUGCGUGUGUGUGCGUGUGUGUGCGUGUGUGUGAGUGAGGAAAACAAAAGCAUUUACUUACGUUGGAAACAACAAUUACAAUCAUGUUUACCUUUCAACUGGAAUGACUUCAAAUGUAAAAGAAACAAACGGUAACAGAGGUUCUAACCAUGAUAGCAAAAUAAUACAAAUCCUACUUUUAACAACACGUGUGUCCGCCUCUCUUAUUGAUACACGCACACGCACAUGCACAUGCUUUGUUCGUUCCAAUUCCAUCUAUGAUGACAAAUGGAGAUGGUGCAGCAAAGGUUUCACCUGCCGUGGCCAAUAGGGAU